AUCAGCUCCAGUGGCUCCGAUCUCCUUCCCCCAUUCGCCAUUUCUCCUCUUCCAUUCCCCCCACUGAAACCGAAGUUCAGCAUCGCGUGGGAGAUGAUCAUAAAGGGGGUGUUCCGGAGAGGCAAAAGGUGGGACCCGGUUCGCCCCAUAUACGGAUCCUUCUGGGGCGUUGGAAUCGGGAUCGGGUGCGGAGUCGGAUGGGGACCCGGAUUCGGCCCGGAGGUGGUUGGCUAUGUUGGAUCCGGAUGCGGCGCUGGGUUCAGUAUCGGCAUCACUCUGGCCGGUUUCGGGAUCGGCCUUCCCGCCAAUUCCUUCUUCACCAAUGGAGUUUCUGAAUCAAGCAGACUACAGAGUAUUUCCGAGUUGCAACAGAAAAUAGGAAGGGCUUUUGGUAGUAUAAUGGUGAAAGAUUGUAUGAAGAAUACAAUAGAUUUCUCAGGCUUGAAAAGCAUAGGAUUGUUGCUUACAAAAAGGCUUUUGGAUGGAAAGGAAGGAAGAAGGUGAAAUCGACAAGGGUAGGGAGAACUUACCAAAAUUUACUACAGAGUAGAACAUCUCAUUCGGUAAAAAGUAAACCAUAACUUCAUAAUGCUUCUAAACAUACUACUCCGUAUUACAUAUUGUACAAAGUAAGUACUCCGCGUAUAAUUCGUCACUGAUUUCAGAACUAUAUAUGAGUAGUUUCAAUUACUACUGUAUGAGGAAACACAUUGCCUAUAAAGAUUAGCAGAAGAGGAUUUCUCAAAACUGAUGUAAUUUAGAGAAAUUCCAUUUUCUUCCCUGCAACCUUGGAAGUAAUCCCAUCUUUGCCCUUGUCAUUUUACAUUUUGAUUCUUCUUUUGGCUUAUUAUGUUGGGUUCCAUGGGCUACAAUGCUAGAUUUUAUCAACAAAAGUUUUUUUAAACAUGUGGUCAUUAUUUAGCUUAUUAUAAGGUCAAUCACAUUUUCUACCUUAUUUGAUUGCAUUAGUGGAAGGGUAGAAGUACUGCCUCAGGAGUAAAAUCAAAAUUCUUGUAUAUUCUCUCACAACUGGGUUUAAUUGUUAUUUUCUUGUUUUCAUUUGUUAUCAGUUAUCCACCCUCCAUAUUCAAUAAAGAAACUAUGAUAAAGAUUGUUACUAGAUUCAUCCCUCAUUUGACUAUAUCUACCUCAUUAAUAUCAAAAGGACAAGUUUAUCCAUGUGUUUAAAAGAGAAAGGAAAGAAGUAAAAGGACAAAGUUGUUCAUCUCUUAUAAAUAGAGUAGAUUUGAACAGGACAAAGUAGCAUUGUUGUUUGAACUUUACCCAUCAUCUUUCAAAUGUGUAGGCAAAUUUAUUAAAAUGUGGCAUAACAAGGUGAGAGUAAGUACAACUGCCUCUCAAAUGGAGUCAUAUAUUAGAACAGAAUGAGAGUCCUACUAAAGUGUGCAGCCAUUUGGGGGCUCAUUCAUUUAUUUAUGAGGUGAGGGUAUCAAAGAUGGAGUUGCUGCAUAUUAUUUGAAAUCCUAAAAGUUUUUCUGUUUGAGUGUUGUGGUGAGCCAACCAUACAUAAGUAAAAGAUCAUAUGCAAGCAGAGAAAACCUUUGUUGAUGCCUUCAUAUAUGCACAACUUGAGGACUGCUUGGAACUGUUGUCUCUCUCAUCAUCUCAAGCAUCUGCAUGCCAUACAUACAUAUUGAAAUGAGUUUGUAGAUCAGAUAUCUUGCCAUUUGCCCUUAUGGGUCUAGACUCUUACUAGGCAAAGAAAAUAGGCAAAAACCCAUAAGAGGACAAUUGGAAGAAAAUAAUAUGCAAGUAAGAAU